CACUGUUCUCCCCACAUGGGAACUUUUGCUUUUGUUGACUGAAACGUUCGAGGACCUUGACUAUGCGUAUUUCGAAUUAUUCAUCUGCGCUGCAACACACAAACCACUGCCCAGAAAAAAUAAUUGAUAACUUCUUCUGCUCAAGUCGGAUCGGAAGGCCAACUUGUGCAUAAUUUGUUGCUGGUCUGAUCUGAACCGAUAGCUCCUCCAGUAUCAAUUAAUGGAUGCCAGGAAAGCCCAUAAAGCAUCCUCUUCAUCCUCACCAUCCACCUCCUCAUCAAAACGUUUGAAGCACGACGUGUUCUUGAGCUUCAGAGGUGAAGACACACGCAAGGGCUUCACAGGCCACCUCCACGCCGCAUUAUCUGAUGCCGGAAUCAGCACCUUUCUUGACGACAACGAGCUAGAAAGAGCGGAAUUUAUAAAAACCCAACUGGAGCAGGCAAUCGACAAGUCCAUUAUCUCCAUAAUUGUCUUCUCUAAGAGUUAUGCCGAUUCCAGUUGGUGUCUUGACGAGCUGGUGAAGAUCAUGGAGUGUAGAGAAAGAUUGGGGAAACAUGUUAUUCCAUUGUUCUACAGUGUUGAUGCUUCAGAUGUCCGGAACCAAAAAGGUAGUUUUGCACAAGCAUUUGAGAAACAUGAAGGUAAACAUGAGAAAGAAAAGGUACAGCGAUGGAAAAAGGCUCUCACUCAAGCUACAGAUUUGUGUGGGGAAGACCUUAAAAAUGCUGACAAUGGGCAUGAAGCAAAGUUUAUCAACAAAAUUCUUGGGGUGGUUAAUAAGCUGUUGGACAUCAAAUCCCAAUUAGACAUCAAACACCCUGUUGGAAUUACUUCUCGGGUGAAGGCUUUGAGUAAUUACUUACAUAUUGAAAAUUCAGGUUCUAAGGAUGAUGUUCGCAUAAUCGGUAUUUGGGGGAUGGGCGGCAUUGGGAAAACAACGCUUGCCAAAGCCAUUUAUAACGAAUUUGAACGUAGCUUUGAAGGUAGGAGUUUCCUUGAAAACGUGAGGGAAGUAAUUGCAAACCAACCAAUGGGUCUGGUUUGUUUGCAAAAACAACUUCUAAAUGAUAUCUUGAAAAGCGAGGGCGUAAAGGUUGACUCUGUUCUUAAAGGGAUCGAGAUGAUAAGAAGAAGACUUCCCUGUAAAAGAGCACUUGUCAUAAUUGACGAUGCAGAUGAUCUACACCAACUAGAAGCAAUAGCUGGAGCUCGUGAUUGGUUUGGCCCUGGAAGUAGAAUUCUUAUAACAACAAGAAAUCAACAUUUGCUACAGCAAGUUGGAGUGGAUGGCACAUAUAUCGCUGAAAAAAUGGAUGAGGAAGAAGCUCUAGAGUUCUUUAGUUGGCAUGCCUUCAAAAGACGUUAUCCUGAAUACCUUGACCUCUCAAAACGUGUAAUUCGUUACUGUCAAGGCUUGCCACUAGCACUUCGAGUUGUUGGGUCUUUUCUGUUUAAUAGAUCCAUAGCGGAGUGGGAAAGCCAUUUGGAGAAAUUGCAAACAAGUCCUGAUGGAGAUAUUCAAAAAAUACUCAGAAUAAGCUUUGACGGGCUACCUGAUGAUACAACGAGAAAGAUAUUCCUUGAUAUAUCUUGUUUCUUUAUUGGAGAUGACAAGGACUAUGUUACAAAAAUAUUAGAUGGAUGUGGCUUUUAUGCAACGAUAGGAAUCAGUGUCCUCAUCGAACGGUGCCUUGUAACUCUUAGUAAGUAUAACAAUCUGGGGAUGCAUGAUUUGCUUCGAGACAUGGGAAGAAAGAUCGUUUAUGAAAAUGCCGAUGGCCGCCCAGAAAAAUUUAGUAGAUUGUGGAAACAUGAAGACGUAACAAAUGUACUGAACGAUGAAUCUGGAACUGAAAAAAUUGAAGGAGUUGCUCUACAUUUGGAUUUGGAUCUAGAUUCGUAUCUAGAUUCAGAUCUAGAUUUGAACAGAUUCAGUGCACAAGCAUUUACCAACAUGAAAAAACUGAGGUUACUCCACCUCAGUGGAGUAGAGCUCACUGGAGAGUACAAAGAUUUUCCCAAAAAGUUAAUAUGGUUGUGCUGGCAUUAUUUUCCUUUAGAGUCCAUACCAGAUGACUUUCCUAUGCAACCAAAACUAGUUGCUUUAGACCUGCGGUGGAGUAAACUCGAAAUAGUUUGGAAGGAUUGCAAGUUGCAUCAGAAUUUGAAAAUCCUUAAUCUCAGUUAUUCCUAUGAGCUAACAAAAUCACCAGACUUUUCAAAACUCCCAAAUCUCGAGGAAUUGAUAUUGGAAUACUGUGAGAGUUUGUCUGAGGUUCACUCAUCCAUCGGGGAUCUUGGAAGACUUUCUUUGGUAGAUCUUGAAGGCUGCCGAAUGCUAAAGGAUCUCCCACUGAAUUUCUAUAAAUCCAAGUCUAUUGAAACUCUUAUACUGAAUAAGUGUAGGUGUUUUGUAAAGUUGGCUGAGGGCUUAGGGGACAUGGUAUCAUUGACAACUCUGAAAGUGGAGGAGACUUCCAUAAGACAAAUACCAUCGUCCAUAUCAAAAUUGAAGAAACUUGAAGUUUUAUCUUUAUCAUGUGAUGAAAAUGAGUUGCCAUUAACAAAUCUUUGGCCUCCUUCAUUGCAAAGUUUAAGCUCUUUAAGAGAAUUAUCUCUUUUUGGCUGGGUUGAUGCAUUUCCUAAGGAUCUCGAUAGCCUAAUUUCCUUAGAAAGAUUAGAUCUUUCAAACAAUGACUUUUGCAGCCUACCAAGCCUCAGUCGUCUUUCACAGCUUCAAGAUUUGUCUUUAUAUCGGUGCAGCAAUCUUCGUGCAAUCCCAGAUUUACCAACAAAUUUGAAAGUCUUAAAAGCAGAAUAUUGCUUUGAAUUGGAAAAAAUGCCAGAUUUUUCAGAAAUGUCAAAUAUAAAAGAAUUGUAUCUAAGAGGUUCGGGCAAACUCACUGAGAUUCCAGGCCUGGAUAAGUCAUUAAACUCCAUGACAAUGAUUUAUAUGGAUGGCUGCACUAAUCUCACUGCUGAUUUUAGGAAGAACAUCCUACAGGGAUGGACUUCUUGCGGAUAUGGUGGCAUUUCUCUCAGUGGAAAUGAUAUUCCUGAUUGGUUCGACUGUGUCCAUGACGACGAUAUUGUGUAUUUCACUGUGCCUCAAAGUGUUGGUCGUAAUUUGAAAGGGUUAACUUUGUCCUUCGUUUGCUCUUUAAGCGUUUCCAGUUGUCGUAUUAGCAUUAAAAACAUGACCAAGGGUGCUGAGCUUGAAGCCAGCAUCAUACCCGAUUGUCCAAUUCACAGUUAUUAUCUUUGGCAGGGACAGUUAUCAAAUGACGAGCUCAAAUUGCAAGACGGUGAUAAAGUCUUUAUUGAAAUAAUAGACGAAUAUAAUUGGAUGAAGGUGAAGAAAACAGGUGUUUGUCUGGUAUGGGACAAAUUUAUGAACGAAAAUAUGAUUGAUUACCAUCUUUGUCGAUAUGAACGACGCCCAUCUCAAAAUCUGGUCAAUGAUGAUGACAUCAUUCAUGUCGAAUAUGAUAAUCACAUAACAAAAUCACCAGACUUUUCAAAAUUCCCAAAUCUGGAGAAGUUGAUAUUGAAAGGUUGUAAGGAAUUGAUUAAGGUUCACUCAUCCAUCGGGGAUCUUGGAAGACUUUCUUUGGUAAAUCUUGAAGACUGCGAAAUGCUAAGGGAUCUCCCACUGAAUUUCUAUAAAUCCAAGUCUAUUGAAACUCUUAUACUGAAUGGUUGUUCAAGAUUUGAAGAGUUGGCUGAUGGCUUAGGGGACAUGGUAUCAUUGACAAUUUUGAAAGCAGAUAACACGCGCAUCAGACAAAUUCCAUCUUCCAUAGUAAAAUUGAAGAAGUUGACAAUUUUAUCUCUAUCUGGCUGCUGGUUAACUGAGGAUGCAAUCCCUAAGGAUCUAUGUAGCCUAAUUUCCUUAGAAGUCUCGCUGGUCUUUCAAAGCUCAAAGUCUUGUGUGUAAAUGCAUGCAAAAACCUUCGUGCAAUCCCAGAU